UCUCGAAUGAGUAUAAUAAGUUAACCCCUCCUCCUCCCCGGGAACUUCCCCCCUUCUCCGUGAGCACUCAUAAUUCCAAGCUUUCCCUGCUCUGUCUUUCUUCUCUCUUACACACUCACACCCUCAAUUCUAUUUCACCCUCUUUCUCUCAUUUAUUACUCUUCCUCCCCACAUCCACAAUGGUCAUCAGAGGCACUCAAUUAGAUGGCGUCGCUCUGGUCGUCGGCUCUGGUCGCGGCAUCGGCCAACAAGCCGCCUUCUCCCUCGCCGAAGCAGGCGCCCGUGUCAUCGUCUUCGCCGACAUGAACACCGAAACAGCCACUGCCUCCGCCGAAGAGAGCAAACAAUACGCCACGAACCCCGAAUACCAAUCCACCCACUUCACCGUCAACGUGACCGACCAAGACGGCGUGCAAGCCAUGGUUGACUUUGUCGUCGAGAAGUUUGGGCGGCUGGACUACGCCGUCAACGCUGCAGGAGUUGACAACGGCGUGCACACCCCCUUCGCCGACACCGACAUCAACAACUUCGACCGCGUCCAGACCAUCAACGCCCGCGGUAUGUUCCUCUGCUGCCGCGCCGAAGCCGCCGCCAUGCGCAAGCAGACCUCACGCACCUUCACCAGCCGCACCGGCACCCGGGACAUUGGUCGCGGCGCCAUCGUGAACGUCUGCUCAGCCAACUCCUUCGCCGGACUGCCCGGGAAGGGAUCGUAUACCGUCUCCAAGCAUGCUUGCAUGGCGGUGACGAAGAUGGUUGGACUGGACCACUCCGCCGAAGGCAUCCGCUGCAACGCCGUGUGUCCCAUCUGGGUCCGCACCCCUCUUCUUGACGUCGAGUUGGAGCGGAACCCGCAGGUGCGCGCGGAGAUCGAGGCUGUUAUACCCAUUAAGCGUGCGGCGGAGAGUGAUGAGGUGGGAGAUACGAUUGUUUAUUUGCUUAGUCCGUCGGCGAGUUAUGUAAAUGCUACGAGUUUGUUGUUGGAUGCGGCGGUUACGGCGACGUUGAGGUUUCAUUGAUUUACUAGUAUUUAUAUUUUUUGUCUAG